AUGUUGUCUCUGAAGGGCACCCUGAUCCUCUUGUUGCUGUUCUUCAGCAGUUUUUUUGGCAGUAUCUUCAUGUUGGCUCCGUUCCUCCCUGUCAUGCUGCUGUCCACCUCGGUGUAUCGCUGGAUUACUGACCGGAUCGUUGCUGUCUGGCUCACCCUCCCUGUGGCUCUGCUGGAGAUGGUGCUUGGUGUGAGGGUGGUGAUCACUGGCGAUGGCUUUGUACCUGGUGAGCGCAGUGUGAUCAUCAUGAACCAUCGGACGCGGCUGGACUGGAUGUACAUGUGGAACUGCCUCCUGCGAUAUAGCUACCUCAGAAUGGAGAAGAUCUGCCUGAAAUCAUCCCUCAAAUCCAUUCCAGGCUUUGGCUGGGCCAUGCAGAUGUCUGCAUUCAUCUUUGUUCGAAGGAAUUGGGAAGAGGACCAGCAACAUCUCAGUCUCAUGUUGGAUUACCUGUGUGACAUCAAGCAUCCUCUGCAGCUUUUAAUGUUCCCUGAGGGGACCGAUCUCACAGCUACCACCAAAGCUCGGAGUGAUGAGUUUGCAGAGUCUCGUGGUUUGCCAACAUACGAAUAUGUCCUGCACCCACGGACUAAUGGCUUCGCCUUUAUUGUCGAGCAGCUUCGAAAAGGAUGUAACCUUGAUGCCAUCCAUGAUGUGACAGUGGCCUACCCUUACAACAUCCCGCAGGCUGAGAGGGACCUGUUCACUGGCAACUUCCCCAGAGAGAUCCACUUCCACAUUCGCCGUUAUCCAGCUGACCAGCUGCCCACCUCCAUGGAUGGCCUGAAGGAAUGGUGCUGCCUUCGCUGGCUGGAGAAGGAGAAAUUACUGCAGGCCUAUUACCAGGGCAAUCACUCGUUCAGCGAUCUGAUCCAGCCUGCAAGUCCCGGCCAGGAGCAGAGUCCCGGCCAGGAGCCGAAUCCCGUCCAGGAGCAGAAUCCCGUCCAGGAGCAGAAUUCGAGUCGGCUGGAGGUUUCCAGGAAAGCUCCUUUCUGGGGAAGGGGUUGGAGUCAGAGUAAGGGCCGAAGUCGGAUUUUACUGCACAGCUCGGCUCGGAGCUGGAUUCGGAUGCAGGAGCAGACCGGGACACAGCUUCGUGCCCGUCUGCCUCCCUGCAAGUCACGGGGACGGGUCUUCCUCAUCAAGGUCUUCUCCAUCAUCUACUGGACAGUGUUUGUGAUUGGCAUCUUUGUGCUCAUCUGGUCGUACACCCUGGCGCGGUGGUACUUUGCCAGCGUGGCAAUCUUCUUCAUAGCACAGGAGAAGAUCGCUGGGGGCUGUGAGGUCAUUGAGGUAGCACUCCACAAUCUCAAACCCUCCCAACGGUGGAAACGGAGCAGUCAACAUCAGGAGUGACACAGCCAAGCCCUCUCCGUCUGGCCAAUCCCAGGGAUUCUCCCACUGAUCCAGCCAAUGACAGGGGCAAUUCCCAUCAGAGAGACAGAAGAAGAGACAACUCAGCUGGGGGCAAACCGAUAGAUCUCUCUGAAGCGUGGAGUCUCAGAGAGUCCAGCUCUGACCUUUCACACCAUUUCAGUCUGCAUUCAAACUCUGGCUGAUGGCCAGUGUGCAGGCAUCAGGAGCUGCCUCGUUUCACACAUCCUCAAACACACUUCACCCAGCCAUCAUUGUGGGUGAGACUCAGGGUCAUUCAGGCAUUAGGAAGAUAAUGACAUUCUUGUACUAUACUGAAUACGUCCAUGUGUGUGGGACAGUCCCCCUGGUGAGAGUCAGUGUGUGUGUGUGGGACUGUCCCCCCGGUGAGAGUCAGUGUGUGUGUGGGUGUGUGGCACUGUCCCCCCGGUGAGAGUCAGUGUGUGUGUGGGUGUGUGGCACUGUCCCCCCAGUGAGAGUCAGUGUGUGUGUGGGACUGUCCCCCCGGUGAGAGUCAGUGUGUGUGUGUGUGGGACUGUCCCCCCGGUGAGAGUCAGUGUGUGUGUGUGUGUGUGUGACUGUCCCCAAGUGAAAGUGUGUGUGGGACUGUCCCCCCAGUGAGAGUCAGUGUGUGUGUGGGACUGUCCCCCCGGUGAGAGUCAGUGUGUGUGUGUGUGUGUGUGACUGUCCCCAAGUGAAAGUGUGUGUGGGACUGUCCCCCCAGUGAGAGUCAGUGUGUGUGUGGGACUGUCCCCCCAGUGAGAGUCAGUGUGUGUGUGUGUGUGUGUGUGUCACUGUCCUCCAAUGAGAGUCUGUCUGUGUGUGUGUGUGGGACUGUCCCCCCAGUGAGAGUCUGUGUUUGUCUGUGUGUGUGUAUGUGUGACUGUCCCCCAGUGAUAGUCAGUGUGUGUGUGGGACUGUCCCCCCAGUGAGAGUCAGUGUGUGUGUGUGGCACUGUCCCCCCAGUGAGAGUCAGUGUGAGUCUGUGUGUGUGUGUGUGAGACUGUCCCCCAGUGAGAGUCAGUGUGUGUGUGUGUGUGGGACUGUCCCCCAGUGAGAGUCAGUGUGUGUGUGUGUGUGUGGGACUGUCCCUUAGUGAGAGUCAGUGUGUGUGUGGGACUGUCCCCCCAGUGAGAGUCAGUGUGUGUGUGUGUGUGUGUGUGUGUGGGACUGUCCCCCCAGUGAGAGUCAGUGUGUGUGUGUGUGGGACUGUCCCCCAGUGAGAGUCGGUGUGUGUGUGUGGGACUGUCCCCCCAGUGAGAGUCAGUGUGUGUAUGUGGGACUGUCCCUCAGUGAGAGUUAGUGUGUGUGUGUGGGACUGUCCCCCAGUGAGUGUCAGUGUGUGUGUGUGGGACUGUCCCCCCAGUGAGAGUCAGUGUGUGUGUGUGGGACUGUCCCCCCAGUGAGAGUCAGUGUGUGUGUGUGGGACUGUCCCCCCAGUGAGAGUCAGUGUAUGAGUGGGACUGUCCCCCCAGUGAGAGUCAGUGUGUGUGUGUGGGACUGUCCCCCCAGUGAGAGUCAGUGUGUGUGUGUGGGACUGUCCCCAGUGAGAGUCAGUGUGUGUGUGUGUGGGUCUGUCCCCCCAGUGAGAGUCAGUGUGUGUGUGUGUGUGUGACUGUCCCCCAAUGAGAGUCAGUGUGUGUGUGUGGGACUGUCCCCCAGUGAGAGUCAGUGUGUGUGUGUGUGUGUGUGGGACUGUCCCCCCAGUGAGAGUCAGUGUGUGUGUGUGGGUCUGUCCCCCAGUGAGAGUCAGUGUGUGUGUGUAUGUGGGACUGUCCCCAGUGAGAGUCAGUGUGUGUGUGUGGGUCUGUCCCCCCAGUGAGAGUCAGUGUGUGUGUGUGUGACUGUCCCCCAAUGAGAGUCAGUGUGUGUGUGUGGGACUGUCCCCCAGUGAGAGUCAGUGUGUGUGUGUGUGUGGGACUGUCCCCCCAGUGAGAGUCAGUGUGUGUGUGUGUGUGUGUGGGACUGUCCCCCAGUGAGAGUCAGUGUGUGUGUGUGGGACUGUCCCCCAGUGAGAGUCAGUGUGUGUGUGUGUGUGUGGGACUGUCCCCCCAGUGAGAGUCAGUGUGUGUGUGUGGGACUGUCCCCAGUGAGAGUCAGUGUGUGUGUGUGGGUCUGUCCCCCCAGUGAGAGUCAGUGUGUGUGUGUGUGACUGUCCCCCAAUGAGAGUCAGUGUGUGUGUGUGUGACUGUCCCCCAGUGAGAGUCAGUGUGUGUGUGUGUGUGGGACUGUCCCCCAGUGAGAGUCAGUGUGUGUGUGUGUGUGUGGGACUGUCCCCCAGUGAGAGUCAGUGUGUGUGUGUGUGGGACUGUCCCCCCAGUGAGAGUCAGUGUGUGUGUGUGUGUGGGACUGUCCCCCAGUGAGAGUCAGUGUGUGUGUGUGGGACUGUCCCCCCGUGAGAGUCAGUGUGUGUAUGUGUGGGACUGUCCCCCCAGUGAGAGUCAGUGUGUGUGUGUGGAUCUGGAGACAUAGCCUUUAAUCUCAGCCUUUCACUGUCAAUUCUUGUCAAGGUGUGAAGAUUAUUGCCUGUUGACGUAAUUGGGAAAAUAGUCCAUUUGUAUUUUCGUGUUUGCAGAGAGAUUCACUUGUCUGUUUUUAAAAUCCCAUUGCCUGAAAUCUUUGUUUUGCGUCAUCAGUGGUUGUCGUGGGAGUCGCCCUGUCUGCCGUCCACACUAAACACUCUCCCUCUUUUUAAGUGAAAUUCUGAUGCUAAUAAACAUAGUUAGCUCUUC